AUGAGAGUAGCGCGAAAUGUGAUGGUGAAGGUUGUGCAAUCGCUAGCGUGGAAGGACGAGGUGAAGAAACUAAGCAAUGGUCAGGAGAUUCCGAGGAGCUCCAAGCUAAUCACCUUGAGACCCUAUCUGGACGAGGAAGGAAUGAUGAGGGUGGGCGGAAGACUGCACCAAUCAUCAUUAACCGAGGACGCCAAGCAUCCGCUGGUGAUUCCUGCAGGUCAUCAUUUCACCAAGCUGGUUAUCACGGAAAGACAUUGUGAGAUGGCCCACGCCGGGCCUGCUACCACCUUGGCAGCGGUAAGAGGCGCGGGUGCAAGAAUCGAGACCCUUUUUAAGGGUGGGAGUCGACUACUGUGGUCCUUUCAUGGUGAGAGAUCGCGUUCGACGGAACAGCAGACAAUACAAGGCUUACGUGGCGUGGCCGUGUAUGCGUGCAUGGCCACGAAGGCGGUUCACAUAGAGCUAGUGGACGAUAUGACUACGGACGCAUUCCUGGGUUCAUUGAAGAGAUUUACGGCGAGGAGAGGAUUGCCUUCGGACAUCUACUCGGAUAAUGGAAAAAACUUUGUAGGCGUUGAGCGGGAGAUCCAGCGAGUUCUCAGGGAUCCCCAGUGUUUGGAGAAACUCCACGGGCAUUGUGCCAAGAACGGGAUAAAAUGGCACUUCAAUCCUGCUAGGGCUCCGCACUUUGGAGGCCUGUGGGAGGCUGCAGUCAAGACAUUGAAACGGCACUUGAAGCGGACCAACGCUUCGCUCACGGUAACGGAAAUGACAACGGUUCUGAGUCAAGUUGAGGCUAUGAUGAAUUCAAGACCGAUAACACCCUUGUCGGAUGACCCUCGAGAUCUGGACGGCUUAACACCGGCACAUUUCCUGAUAGGCGGCUCAAUGGCAUCGCUACCGGAACCUGACCUGCAGGAGACACCGAUUUCCAAGCUGUCUAGGUGGCAGCAUGUAGAACUCCUCCGUCAGAGAUUUUGGUCACGUUGGCAGACGGAAUACUUAGCCACGUGUCAACAACGCUUUAAAUGGAAGACUCUGAAGCCGGACGAGCGGGCGGCAUGUUGGGACCGAAUUAUAUUGCCAAGAGUGGCGGUAGGCGAGGCCGCCAUGAAAAGAACAUCCGGGGUAGGCCGGCAGGAGGCGUAG